CCCAUUGAAUGGAGGGAUGAUAUGGUUUAUGAGGUGCAACCAGAAGCUAUAGUCGACCGACAAGUGAGGAAGCUUAGGUCAAAAGAUAUAGCUUCAGUGAAAGUGCAAUGGAAAGGUCAUUCACGUGAGGAAGCGACAUGGGAGCUCGAGGAUAAGAUGCGUGAGGAGUAUCCUCAUCUUUUCGAUAAUCUCGAUAAUCCUGAUAUUCUACCGACAGGACGUCAGUAGGAUUUUCUUCGGUGUCUGCUUUUGGCUUCUGUUUGCUUUUGAGUCAGGAAAUGCCGAGGAAUAGACGAAUAGUUGAUACUGUUAGAGUAGAGGAUGAUCAGGAUGAUGUCCCUAUUGGGCGGUUGGGAACUGCAAGGCAGAGAAGGAGGCGCGGUGCACCCGUGCCUCAACAUGUUGAGGAGGUACCUCCACCAGUGGAGGAAGAGCCUCAGGAGAUAGAAGAGGAAGAUAUUGUUGAUGAAACAGGUGUGGGGGUAGCUGACCCUGAACCUGUUACAGAGUUUCAGCAACUUAGCCAGGUUGUGCGAACCUGGAUAGAGUUUUCUAUGGAGAGAGAUAGAAGGAGGGAUAGAGAUGUACCCUCGACAUCCCACACUGUUCAGGGAGUUAAUGUGCCGUUGAAUGACUUCAUGAAGUUGGCACCUCCUAUUUUUACUAGGAUGGAUAGUUCAGAGGAUCCUCAGAGGUUCCUAGAUGAUAUUUGGCGACGGUGUGAAGCUUUGGGAUGUACAGACCACCGAGCUGUGAGUUUGGCAUCGUUCAGGUUGGAAGGAGAUGUGGCAAUCUCUUGGUUUGAGUCUAGGAAAAGAGCAAGACCAGUAGAGGCUCAGUGGACAUGGAAGGAGUUUAGCUCCAUGUUCUUAGACAGGUUUCUCCCUCAGAGCGUCAGGGAUGCUCGACUUUAUGAGUUUGAGAGGCUAUCUCAGGGGAGCAUGACAGUGGAUGAGUAUGAUCUGAAGUUUACUCAGCUGUCUAGGUAUGCAGAGCAUCUUCUAUCCACUGAGGAGUGGAGGGUGAAGAGGUUUAUUAGAGGACUCAAAUCCUCUAUGUAUAUGGUGAUGGUGUCACAGGUGUUUCCAUCAUACUCCUCAGUUGUUGAUAGCGCCAGGUUGAUAGAGGCGCGAGAAUUAGAGGACAUGACUGCAGGCCAGUCUAAGAGGCCUAGAGAAGAGGGUCAGUCUUUUAGGCAACAGGGAUUAAGUGCAGGUCCGUCUAGGGGACGAAGUGGCCGUCAGGGCUCAUGGGUUCAGAGGAGGUUUAGACAGAGACCGUCAGUUGGUGGCUCAGGCGGUCAGAGUGGCAGUAGUGGUACUCAGAGUUUAGUUCAGACUGCACCUCGUAGUUCAUUUAUUACACCUAGUGAUAGUUCUUCAUGUCAGCACUGUGGAGGAAGUCAUACUAGUGCAGAGUGCUACAGAAGGACCGGGGCUUGUUUUAGUUGUGGCCAGAUAGGUCAUAAGAUCAGAGAGUGCCCGAGGAGACAGUUGUCAGCUUCGGGGUUAUCUGCUUCAGUCCAGCAUCCUAUUCAGGCACCAUCGACGAGCCAGUCUGUGGCUCAUGGGGGUAGAGGUUUUGGUGGCCGUGGUCAGAGAGGCCGGGGUGCAGGUGAUAGAGGUCAGAUACAGCAGGGUCAGGGGCAUGCUAGAGUUUUUGCCUUGACUCAGCAGGAUGCUCAGGCAUCCAACACAGUUGUUUCAGGUAUUCUUCCUGUUUGCUCUUUUGAAGCAAAAGUGUUGUUUGAUACGGGUGCAACUCAUUCAUUUGUUUCCCCAUAUUUUGCCAUGAGGUUAGAUAAACAACCAACUUUGUUAAAAUCCCCAAUUUCAGUCUCCACUCCCUUAGAUGAAUUAAUAUUGGUGAAGUAUGUAUAUCUAGAUUGUGAAAUAGAGAUUGGAGAUAAGAUCUUUAUGGGAGACUUAAAUGUCUUAGAUAUGGUUGAUUUUGAUGUGAUUUUGGGAAUGGAUUGGUUGGCAAAGCAUAGGGCUUCGGUAAAUUGUUGGGGUAAGAAAAUAAUAUUUGAUCUAGAUGAAGAAGUUGGGUUGGUAUUUCAAGGAGAUAAGAUUGGGUCUCCAUCAAUUAUGUUGUCGGCUAUCUCGAGGAAAAUGGCUAGAAAAGGGGUACAGUGCUACCUUGCAUAUAUAGUGGAUAUAGAGAAAGAAGUUCCUCAAUUAGACCAAGUCCCUAUAGUUAGGGAGUUUAUUGAUGUCUUUCCCGAUGACUUACCUGGAUUGCCUCCAUAUAGGGAUAUUGAGUUUUGUAUUGAUUUGGUUCCGGGUACUGAACCAAUAUCAAUGACACCAUAUAGAAUGGCGCCAGCAGAAUUGAGGGAGCUAAAGGAGCAACUGCAGGAUUUGUUAGAUAAAAAGUUCAUCCGACCAAGUGUGUCCCCUUGGGGAGCCCCAGUGUUGUUUGUGAAGAAGAAAGAUGGGUCAUUGAGGUUAUGUAUAGAUUAUAGGCAACUGAAUCGGGUGACUGUUCGAAAUAGAUACCCACUCCCUCGCAUUGAUGAUUUGUUUGACCAGUUGCAGGGAGCUCAAUUCUUUUCUAAGAUUGAUCUUCGAUCUGGGUAUCAUCAGUUGAGGAUUAGGGAGGCAGACAUUUUGAAGACAGCUUUUAGAACUCGGUAUGGUCAUUAUGAGUUCUUAGUGAUGUCUUUUGGGUUGACGAAUGCACCAGCAGCUUUUAUGAAUUUGAUGAAUAGAGUGUUUGGCCAGUUUAUUGAUCAAUUUGUGAUAGUUUUUAUUGAUGAUAUUUUGGUGUAUUCGAGGUCUAAAGAGGAGCAUGAGCAGCACUUGAGAAUGGUGCUUCAAACUCUGCGAGAACAUCAGUUGUAUGGCAAGUUCUCAAAGAGUGAGUUUUGGUUGGAGAGUGUAGCAUUUCUUGGGCAUGUAGUGUCAAGGAAUGGGAUUGAGGUUGAUCCUCAAAAGAUUGAAGCAGUUAAGCAGUGGCUUAGACCUACUUCGGCGACAGAGAUUAGAAGUUUCUUAGGUUUGGCCGGCUAUUAUCGGAGAGUUGAAAGAGAGAUUGACUACAGCGCCUGUUCUAGCAGUACCAUCAGGUUCUGGUGGUUACACAGUGUAUUGUGA